AUAUUGAUUGUCUUGUUAUUUUUCUGCUUGUCAGUUGCUGCCACACUGUUUACAAGUCUUAAGCGAAAAAAGUUCAUAAUGUAUGCACUAUCCAGCACACUUGUGCGCUCUUCAGCGCUGCGUAAAGGCCUUCAGAUGGCUGCUGCCAACCGACAGGUGUCGUUGAAAGUCGUCUCUGUCGGCUCCACGGUUAAGGAUGAGAGCUUCUUCGAGAAGAACGACCGACUGGGCCGUGAGAUGUCCCCCCACUUGACCAUAUACAAGCCCCAGCUCACCUCCAUGCUGUCCAUCAUGCAUCGCGGCACUGGCCUUGCCCUCGGCAUGGGCGUCUGGGGCUUGGGCCUCGGCGCACUCAUCUCCUCGCACGACAUCAGCCAUUAUGUGACCAUGGUCGAGGGACUGCAGCUCAGUGGCGGCGCCUUGACCGCCAUCAAGUUCAUCAUCGCCUACCCAGUUGGCUAUCACUCCGCCAACGGUAUACGCCAUCUGCUCUGGGAUACGGGCCGUUUUCUCAAAAUCAAAGAGGUCUAUUCCACUGGUUAUGCAAUGGUUGCUGCCUCCUUUGUGAUCACUGCAAUCUUGGCGCUCUUGUAAUUGAUCCUGUCGAGCUGUCCCUGCGAAUGGUUAACUCCAGUUAAAUUCUAGUGCGAACAUGUUGACAAAUUAUUAAAUGCUUAAUACAUGUACUGUUUAUUUAUAA